AUGGAGAACAUGCGAUGCAUUUAUUGUGGCAGACAGGACUUUACAAGUGCUAAUGAAUUUUAUCGGCACUUGACCCAGAAUGUUUGUCAGGAAAAGAAAAGAGUUUUCAGGGAGGCCGAUCGCGAAGUUGAAGCAACAGCAACUGUGUAUAUACACAAUCGUACUGCCUCUAACAGAGCUAUUGCUGGGGAGGCUCUACUUGCGCAAGUAGCUCUUCAGAGAGAGGAUGCUCUUUUGACGCUAUCCGCGGAGAAUAUGUCUUGGGAGGCAUGGCUAACUGCCCAGGGUGUUAACAAGGACCCUCCAUAUUCCUGGGAGGUGGAUACUGACAAAGAUGCUGAGGACACCAAUGAGGAUUCGGAUGACACCACAAAUAGGGAUGCUGAUGACAAAGAUGAUGCUGAUGGGGAAGCUGAUGACAAAGAUGAUGCUGAGGACACCAAUGCUGAGGACACCAAUGACGGGGAUGCUGAUGGGGAAGCUGAUGACAAAGAUGAUGCUGAGGACACCAAUGACGGGGAUGCUGAUGGGGAAGCUGAUGACAAAGAUGAUGCUGAGGACACCAAUGAUGGGGAUGCUGAUGACUGA